CUUCUCAGAGAGACACCGCCCCCCCCCCCAGUCCCUGGUCUUCUCCGCCGAGGAAGAUGGCGCUGGGCGGGCAGCAAAGUUUGGCAGAGCUAGAAGUUCUUUGUAAACAGCUCUAUGAAGGGACAGAUUUAGCACAGCGGAUACAAGCAGAAAAGGUGCUCUUGGAGCUUAUCAACAGUCCUGACUGUCUCAGCCAAUGCCAACUUUUACUUGAGCAAGGAACAACAUCGUAUGCACAACUUUUAGCAGCAACAUGCCUCUCUAAACUGGUGUGCAAAACAACCCCUUUACCUGUUCAACAAAGAAUGGACAUUAGAAACUACAUACUAAACUAUGUUGCAUCUCGACCGAAGCUGGCCCUUUUUGUGAUCCAAGCUCUUGUUCAGGUUAUUGCAAAGAUCACAAAGUUGGGGUGGUUUGAUGUCGAAAAAGACCAGCUCAUCUUUAGAGACAUUAUUGCUGAUGUUAAAAAGUUUUUGCAGGGAACUGUGGACCACUGCAUAAUAGGAGUAAUUAUUCUUUCAGAACUAACUCAGGAGAUGAACUUUAUUGAUUAUUCUAGGCCUUCUUCAAAACAUCGUAAAAUAGCUACCUCGUUUCGUGAUACAACCUUAAAAGAUAUUUUGAUGCUGGCAUGCUCACUGCUGAAAGAGAUGUUGGCAAAACCAUUAACUCUUCAGGAUCAGCAACAACAAAAUUUAGCAAUGUACCUUUUGAAACUUGUCCUCAAUUGUCUUAAUUAUGACUUCAUUGGCAGUUCAGCAGAUGAAUCUGCAGAUGACCUGUGUACUGUACAGAUUCCAACAAACUGGAGAUCAAUUUUCCUGGAACCAGAGACCCUGGAUCUCUUUUUUGAUCUGUAUCAUUCCCUCCCACCAAUGCUGUCUCAGUUAGCACUUUCCUGCUUAGUUCAAUUUGCUUCUACAAGGCGAUCCUUAUUUAGCAACCCAGAACGUGCCAAGUAUCUUAGUAAUCUUAUCAAAGGAGUAAAAAGAAUACUUGAAAACCCCCAGGGCUUAUCUGACCCUGGUAACUAUCAUGAAUUCUGUCGGUUUUUGGCUCGACUGAAAACUAAUUAUCAACUGGGGGAAUUGGUCGUUGUGAAAGAUUACCCAGAAGUUAUUAGACUAAUAGCCAGUUUCACCAUCACUAGUUUGCAGCAUUGGGAAUGUACACCAAACAGUGUUCAUUAUUUGCUAACUCUUUGGCAGAGAAUGGUUGCCUCGGUACCUUUUGUGAAAUCAUCAGAACCUCAUCUCUUAGAUUCAUAUGCACCUGAGAUUACAAAGGCAUACAUUACCUCUAGAUUGGAAUCUGUCCCUAUGGUUAUAAGGGAUGGCUUGGAUGAUCCCUUGGAUGAUACAGCCACAGUAUUCCAGCAGCUGGAGCAACUGUGUACAGUUAGCAGAUGUGAAUAUGAAAAAACAUGUGCUCUUCUUGUACAGCUGUUUGACCAAAAUGCACAAAACUACCAGAAGCUGUUGCAGUCUUCUAGUAGAAAUCCCCUGGCAAUCUCAAUUCAAGAAGGACGCUUAGCCUGGCUUGUAUAUCUUGUUGGAACUGUUGUAGGAGGAAGAUUAACAUACACCAGUACUGAUGAACAUGAUGCCAUGGAUGGUGAAUUAUCCUGUCGAGUCUUCCAGUUAAUUUCUUUGAUGGAUGCCCAGUUACAGCGCUCUAGCAAUGAGAAAGUGGAACUUGCAGUUCUCUGGUUUUUGGAUCAGUUCCGUAAAACAUACGUAGGAGAUCAGCUCCAGAGGACCUCAAAGGUUUAUGCUCGAAUGUCAGAAGUCCUGGGAAUAACAGAUGACAACCAAGUUCUAGAAACAUUUAUGGCAAAAAUUGUUACAAAUCUUAAAUACUGGGGACGAUGUGAGCCUGUAAUUUCAAGAACUCUUCAGUUUCUAAAUGAUCUUUCAGUUGGUUAUAUUCUUUUGAAAAAACUUGUGAAAAUAGAUGCUGUGAAAUUCAUGCUACAGAAUCAUACGAGUAAGCACUUUCCUUUCUUGGGUGUCAACGAUAAUUAUGGUUUGAGUGACCUCAGGUGCAGAACAACAUUCUAUACUGCUCUCACACGACUUCUUAUGGUGGAUCUUGGAGAAGAUGAGGAUGAGUUUGAAAACUUCAUGCUUCCCCUGACAGUUUCAUUUGAAACAUUAGCCCAGACAUUUAACAGUAGCUUUAAACAAGAGGAAGCUAAGAUCCUGCAUCUUCUGACAGUUUUCCUGUGUGUGAUAAUCUCCAUGUACUUGCUUCUUUUUGCAUUAUUGGCUUUGGUCCUACUAACCAUAAGGAAAGACAGAAAGCGUAUGUUGAUCGGACUGGCAAGAGAUCUUCGAGGGAUUGCCUUUGCUCUGAACACAAAGACCAGCUACACCAUGCUGUUUGACUGGAUAUACCCAUCAUAUCUUUCAAUUCUUCAAACAGCUAUUGAGCUGUGGUAUCGUGAACCAGAAUGUACAACUCCUAUCUUGAAGCUCAUGGCUGAGAUGAUGCAAAACAGAUCACAACGUUUAAAUUUUGAUGUAUCAUCUCCUAACGGGAUUCUUCUCUUCCGGGAGGCUAGUAAGAUGAUUUGCACUUAUGGUAAUCAGAUCCUAUCUCUUGGGACACUGUCAAAAGAUCAAGUUUAUCCAAUGAAACUCAAGGGUAUUUCCAUCUGUUAUUCUGCACUCAAAUCUUCCUUGUGUGGAAAUUAUGUCAGCUUUGGCGUCUUCAAGUUGUAUGGGGACAACCACUUUGACAAUGUACUUCAGGCCUUUGUCAAAAUGCUGCUCUCAGUAUCCCACAGUGAUUUGCUACAAUAUCGAAAACUAAGCCAGUCUUAUUACCCACUCUUGGAAUGCCUCACGCAGGACCAUAUGAGUUUCAUCACUGGUUUAGAGCCUCGUGUACUAAUGUAUAUAUUCACUUCAAUAUCUGAAGGACUUACUGCACUGGAUACAAUUGUCUCCUCCAGCUGUUGUGCCAGUUUAGACUACAUUGUCACCUACCUCUUCAAACAUAUAGCAAGAGAAGGAAAGAAGCCUUUGAGGUGUAGAGAGAUUUCCCAAGAUGGGCAAAGAUUACUGCAUUUCAUGCAACAGAACUCAGAGGUGUUGCAGCAGAUGAUGUCAAUUCUUAUGAACACCAUAAUUUUUGAGGACUGCAGAAACCAGUGGUCAGUGUCAAGACCUCUUUUGGGUCUCAUACUCCUCAAUGAGAAAUAUUUUAGUGAAUUAAGGGCAGGACUGAUAAACAGUCAACCUCCUGAUAAACAAGAAGUUCUUCAUCAGUGCUUCAGAAGCCUAAUGGAAGGAGUAGAGCAGAAUCUUCUGGUAAAGAACAGAGACAGAUUCACACAAAACAUGUCCGUCUUCCGCAGAGACAUGGCUGAAAUCAUGCGCUGUGAGGGAGCGUCUGAAUCCGCCAGUUCGGACAUGAUGAGUUGAUGCUGAACUUGGAGCAUGUUGAAAUAAUAAUGAUCAGACUCUGAAAGUUGGGAUACCAUGCUAUAUUGUUAGAUAGAUGUUGACUUUCAUAGAAAAUAUUUUUCUAAAUAACUUCUGCCUGUUUAUAUUGCUGGCAUAAAUGUAAGGAUUUGUAACACUGGAAACAAUGUACAAUGAGACGUGGCAUAAAAAGAGCCAUUUUGAAUUUUCCUGUCCAGGUUUCUUAUUUCUUUUCUCAGUUACAUGGUGCAGAAAUAGUACUUAACCAAAGAACAAAAUACAAUAUGUAUUUUUCCUUGAAAUUGCAUUUAUUGGGUCUUUCCAGUCCACAAUGAAACCAAUAAACAAUUUCAUAGACAUUUUUUUAGGUUAUUUGAUGUUGUCCCUGUUUCUUUCAUAUCUUUAUCCAAAUUCUGAAUUAACAGAGAGCCUAAUUUUUAACCAAUAAGGAUAUAUAGUAAGGUGUAGAUUUUUUUAGAAGAUUUAUAUCUUAAGUGCACUAUCUGUAAAAUAAGUUAACAAAAUUACAAGUAACUCAUCUGCAUUAAAUAAAGAUUAAAGUGACAAAAGUGGUACUUUCCAAACUCACAAAUAACAGUACUUUUGUUAAUGGAGUGUAAAUAAAUUCAUAUUUGAUACAA